CAUCAUUCAAUCUGACGUGCGAUAAUGUCUUUGGAAACCGUGCACGAGGAAUCAAGUGUUACUGCAGAGAAACAGAACCAGUUGGAAAAGUUGAAACUGGACAACUUGGAAGAUGUUACCUUUGAAGUUGAGAAUGUUUCACCUUCAAAAGAGGAAAAGUAUUCGUCGGAGUAUUGUAUUGCCUGUUAUGACCACCCAGCAAAUAUUAUGUUGCUACCUUGUGAACAUAAAAUACUUUGUGGUUACUGUGUGACAAGACUAGACGACCAACUCUGCCCAUUUUGUAGAAAUCAUGUGGAAACUGUACGAAUUUUUCCAAGUUUUCACGCAGGUUUUACUCAGCAGUUGGAGGAAAAGCUGGAACAGAAGAAAGGACAGGAUAUAGAGGUCGAAGACUCUUUUCGAGAGACUUCACUGAGAGAAGAAUCUUUCUCUGGUUUAACAGCGUUGGGAAGUGGUUCUUCUCAUAGUCGUUCACCUUCGUUGCGUUCGAAUCACUCAAGUGGAGGGGAACCAAGUGGUGGUGGUCGUGGUGGUCCAAAACGUUCAGUUAGUUUUCGAAAUUUGAAGCGACUCUUUACAUCCCCACGAGCUUCUCAAAAGAAAGAGACCAAAGAAGAAUACGUUCCACCAAAGAUAGUGGUUUCCCUUAGUAACAUACUUGAAGAAUGCAAGUUCCAUGAACAUGAAGUUAUUGAGAAAACUUUUCAAGUUCUAGUGACAGGAUCAGAUGAUGUAGAUAAGGAAGGUAUCGUUCGUUCGUUGCAGGACCUCUUUCCAGUAAAGAAACCAUAUAUUCCAUGGUCACCAGAAGAAAAGUCGAAACUUGGACAUGAAGAGUAUCUAGAUGCCAUUGAUACCUUUCAAGCAGCAGAAGACUUUGUAGCCAAUAUGGAUAUUCAAGGAGCCCCUGUUCGAGUGACGGCAGUCAAUCUUUGGGAGUUGUUAAGAAUAAUGAGAACUGGAAAAGCGGAUGUUCGCCAUCCAGAUGUUGUUAUUCUUUCCUGUGAUACUCAUUCAUUACGUUCAUUUCGUGAAAUGCUUGCUCUGGACGAAGUACUUCGAGAACGUCUGAAAUGUACGACUCCACGCUUUUGGGCUGUGCUUGGUAAUGAAGCUUCGGAUCCAAGCGAUCAAAUAAGUCUUGAAGAUGCUGAAUUUGCUUUCAAAGAGAUUCCAUUAGAUAGAAGACCUCAAGAUUUCUUUUUUCUGCCCGAGAGAGGAAAAUUUUGCUCGUGGUAUAUUGAACUAGGAAAGGAGAUAAUCACCCAUGCCAAGUCAGCAAGAGGUAUCAUCGACAAAGAAGAUGAAGGAGAGCGUAUGGAGGAUAACGUAGGUUGUGUUGGUUGCACGAUUAUAUAAAGUAGACGUUCGUUUUCUUUUUGUAAAAAUGGAAUAAAGAAAAUGACAUUUCUGGAA